AUGAUCUUCUAUCUUAUAAGUAGUUUCUUUCUUGCAGUCGUUUCGGCCAUUCCAAGUGGACGAGUAGACGUGGUGUUUCCGUCUGUGGAAACAUCGAGAUCUGGAGUGAAAACGGUCAAAUUCCGAGCACUGAAUGAAGACAUAGAACUGAAACUGGAACCUGCCGGCGACAUAUUGGCGAAAAAUUUCGCCCUUCUUGACGAAAACAAUCAAAUACGCCACUUGGUCGACGUAGAAGACUUGAAAAGAAGAAUCUACAGAGACAGCGCUAAUGGAGCAGCUCUUCUAAUUGACGAAGAAGGACCUGUCACUAUUCAAGGAAUUGUUAAUUCAAAAUUGAGAAUUGCACCGCAUGAGUCCGGAAGAAUGGUUAAAGAUGGGAAAAUACCACAUCAGAUUGUGGAAGUUAUAAGUGACGAAAAGUCUUUUUUCAAAGACGGAAUUAUGCCUAUGGAUUUUAACGAAGAAAUGGAUAAGGUUGCCAGAAUGUCCAGAGACGAUAAGUGCAUUGUUGUGGAAUAUCUAGUAGUCACAGAAAGUACUUUUACGAAACGAUUCAACACUAAAAAAGCUCUGACGGAAUACAUAACUCUUAUGUAUACUGGGGUACAAAACCUAUUUGAUACGUUUGAGAUGGGAAUUCAAGUUCGUUUGCUCGGAAUUACAUCAUUUACGAAAAAAUCGGAACCACCAUACAUCGAACAAGGUGCAAUUCCGGGACACGAAGAACAUCUUAAUCCUGAUGUAUUACUUGACCAUAUGGGAAAAUAUUACUGUAAACAUGCUACAGGUUUGGCUAAAGAUGCUGACAUUAUCAUGCUCAUUGUUGCACGAAAAUUGGGAGAGCUACAAGAUGAUGGUACAGUUGAUUUUAAUACUGCAGGUAUUGCAUAUCAAGGCAAGGUUUGUAGCAAAUGUUUGAAAGUUGGCCUCGCUCUAGACGAUUCACGGUACAACGAAAGAGUUGAUACAGUAGCUCAUGAAUCAGCUCAUUUACUUGGAAGUCCUCACGACGGGGAAGGACCCGAAGACGGACCUGCUGGAAAUCCAGGAGCAUCAGAUUGUCCAGAAACUGACGGUUAUAUUAUGGGAGAUCGAAGAAAUGCUGCUAAUAAAUUUAAAUUUUCCGAAUGCUCGAAGAAAUGCGUUAAAUAUGUAUUAUCGUUACCUGCGGCUUCUUGUGUAUAUGAAGAUUGUGAAUUUUAUUAAUUGACAGAGAACAAUAUAUUUCACAUUUAACAAAAUU